AUGUAUAAUGUUGUGCUAUUGUUCUUAAGAAAACCGUCUUGUUGCAACUCGGCUGACAAAACCACUCAUCGCUGCUCUUAUCGGGCUGACCGCCCACCACCCCCAAAUUUGAUUGCGGCCACGGGGUUAUCGAAGCACAGCAGCAUGGAUAAUUGGGGAUACAAUGGGCAAGACGAAGGGCCUUCCUGUGAUUAUCGACUACCGUACUGUACCGUACACGCUCAUCGACCCACGCCGGCACUAGUUUCGAGACCCGAAUUGCGGUUAUUGGAGCCUUUGGAUCCAGCAUUACUUCGACCGACCUCCAUGCCGAAUUCUAACCGAUUUUCACAGCCCCCUCCAUAUCCAGCGGCAUGUAUCGAUAGUCCACCCGCUUAUACGCCACACCCAAUGUUUGAUGAUGGAUGGAUAAAUUACAAUAGAGAACCUGGAUAUCAUUACAAUCAACAAAUAGCUAGACGACAAGCCAGAGCACGACGACGAGUCCCACAUCACCAUCGCGACACGUUCUCUCGUAGAAUUUGGCGCAACAAACGACUCCUCUAUGGCUCUGUAUUCCUAUUUCUCAUUGCCCCCAUAGCCUUAAUGUUUAUUAUUAUGGCAGGUGUUGGUGUGCUC